GCCUCUUGCGCCUUGCGCAUGCGCAGCUGCGCUAUUCCCGUGAGGCUCCGGGGCGCGGCAGAUUCGUAAGUCAUGGCUGCUUCCCGGUCUCUGGGGUGCUCGUCUACCGUUUGUGCGUGAAACCGCCUGGGCAUGGCGAGCGAGUCCUCGCUGCUGGGGAAGCGGCUGUCGGAAGACUCGAGCCGCUUCCGGCUGCUGCAGAAGUGGGCGAGCAUGUCGAGCGCAGACGCGUCGGUGCCGGAGCCGGAAUUGUCUGAGAAGGCGGCCGCGGCGGAGAACCCGCUGGUGUUCCUGUGUGCCCGCUGUCGCCGGCCGCUGGGCGACUCGCUCACCUGGGUGGCCAGCCAGGAGGACACCAACUGCAUCCUGUUGCGCAGUGUCUCCUCUAACGUCUCUGUGGAUAAGGAACAGAAACUGUCCAAGUGCAGAGAUGAAGACGGUUGCAUCCUUGAGACACUGUACUGCACGGGCUGCUCCCUCUGCCUUGGCUAUGUGUACAGAUGCACGCCUAAGAGCCUGGACUAUAAGCGGGACUUGUUCUGCCUCAGCGUUGAAGCCGUUGAAAGUUACACCUUAGGGUCCUCUGAGAAGCAGAUCGUGUCAGAAGACCAGGAGCUUUUCAAUCUUGAAAGCAGAGUUGAAAUAGAGAAGUCUAUAAAGCAGAUGGAAGAUGUCUUGACAGCCCUGCAAAAGAAGCUUUGGGAAGUUGAAUCUAAACUGUCCUUGGCCAGCCGGGACAGCUGAACUGUGUCCUGUCUGCCACUGUGCCCUACCCUCAUUCCUAACAAACUGUUUCUCUGCCUUUAAUUUAGGAUAAGAGGUAACUGUUUCCUAUGUUUCAAUUAUAAGGCCAGUUUAUGAUACAUGCUGGAAUGGAAUUUGGAUAUUUUAAUUUUAACAAAAAAAAAAACCAGGAUGAUUUUCUGUCUUCUUUUUCUAUUAAAUUUGUUGUAUGUAUGUAUGUGCACAUAUGUAUAUAUGUAUGUAUUUUUCUAUCUUUUAAAACUUUGUUACUUUUAAUACUUUGAGUACUUAAAAGUAGAGAGAAAAAUCUUGUUUUUCUCAUCUACUUUGUAAUGUCUCCUUGAAAAUUAGUUCUUAAGCCUCUCUGGAAAAAUUGUCAGUUGACUUGUUAGGAUGAUUUAAAUCUGUGUAAAGUAUCAUUGUGUCAUGACACCCCCAUUUUGCUGUGUGCUACUUCAUGCUGAAAGAGUCUAGAGGCUGCUCACCCAAUAGUGCAAUCUCUGGGUAAGAUUUUAGAUUUUGAUUUUUUUUAUAAUACAAUACCUUUAUAAGGAAUUUAUUAAUUUUUAUAAUAAUAAAGAUUUCAAAAAUG